GUUGUGAUCUCAUUCGUACUUCGUGACUUCUCUUUGCUAUAAAAGAAAGAAAUCCUACACCUUCAUUUCUUUCCAAUAGCAGAGACUGAGACCUCAGAAAAAACCUUCAGGAAUUUAUUGCUGAAAAUUUCACCAAACAAAAACAAAAUAAAUAAAAAAAAAGUUUUGCAGAGGGUUUGAACAGCAAUCAAUCAGAUCCAUCAUAAGCAAUAAUGCUUUUAAGAAGCUCUUCAACGCCGAUACUGAAUUCAUGGCUACCCCACGCAAAGGACUUGUCCCCAGAACCCGAAAUCUUCCACCAGAUUCCCAGAACCCAUUCCAUUUCACUCUCGGCUUCGUCUUGUUCCUUAUGCCCCAUCUGCAGCGAUUCCUCCAAGAAGAUGACUCGGGCUCUCUCCGAGUCUGACCUCAAGAACAUCUCCGUUCCCAAAGCGAAGCCGUCUCCUUUCAACAAUUUGCUCAAUGGGAUUUCGGUGGAAGAGGAAGAGGAAGAGAAACAAAUGGGAUUCGGUUAUCCCGCCAGAACGGUGUCUUUGGAUGGUGGCUUGGCGUUGUUUUCGAGUUCUGGUUUGGACGAGGGCUGCGACGUCUGUGUGAGGGAUGGUAAAUUGGUUAGUGUUUUGGUUGAGGGUGGUAUUGGCGGCGGCGGUGGGAAGAUUUGUGGUGGUGCCGGUGGAGAUGGUGGUGGUGGUCGAUCGGACAGCGGAGAUGAUGGGAGCUCUGAGUUUUCGGAUUCGAAUCGUGGGAAUGAUAGCACUGAUGUGUAUUAUCAGAAAAUUAUCGAGGCCAAUCCAGGAAACCCGCUUCUUCUAAGCAAUUACGCUAGGUUCUUGAAAGAUGUACGUGGAGAUUUUGUGAAAGCCGAAGAUUACUGUGCGAGAGCAGUUCUGGCCAAUCCAAAUGAUGGAAAUGUUCUAUCAAUGUAUGCGGAUUUGAUAUGGCAGAGUCAUAAGGAUGCCUCAAGAGCUGAGAAUUACUUCGAUCAGGCUAUAAAAGCUGCCCCAGAUGAUUGUUAUGUUUUAGCAUCUUAUGCUCGGUUUCUUUGGGACGCUGAAGAAGAUGAUGAAGAAGAAGAAGAAGAAGAAGAAGAAGAAAAAGAAGUAGAGGAAGUGAGAGAAAAAGUCAAUACAAUAUCACAACCACCCAGUUUCUUUCAUGGAAUUCCUCCAACACCCCCUCCUUUAGCUGCUGCUUCUUGAGCUAUCUCCCUGGUCCCUCCCCUGUUUUCCUCUUGUAUUAUAGUUUGGAUAUGACUUCCCUGACCUUUUGUUUAUAUCCCCCACCUUCUCGGUCCUUUCCUAGUAAAUUUUGCCUUCUCUGAUGAGAUGUCCUUAACCGAUAGCCUUGGUACUUCUUGUAAAAAUUUUAAGGAUGAUAAUAAAGAGAUUAAAUGCUAUUUGUUCUUUCA